UCUGGACGCCAGCACCAGUGAUGGCGGAGGGGGCGGAGGAGGGCGUUGGAGAGGAAGAGGCAGGAAGUAGAGAUAAGCUCCUUCCGGCGGCGGAGCCGCCGCCGCCGGAAUCCAAGACUCCGAAAGCUCUUAGGCAGGAAGCUCAGCGGAAGUGGGAGAAACACGUGAUUUGCCUGGCUCUCGGAGUGACGAAGACCAACUACGUAGCAGGAAGGAAGGGGAACCGGAGCCGGGGCGGGCGCCUGGCUCGUCUAUUGAACAGAGGUGGAGGGGGGGAAUACGGAUCCGGGCCAAGGCCCCAGCCGGGCUCCAGAAAGAUGUUGCCAACCACUUCAAUGAAUUCCCGAUUACAGGGGAAUGGUGCUUUGAAUUCCAGGGAUGCAGCAAGGCACACAGCUGGAGCAAAACGCUACAAAUAUCUCCGGAGGCUCUUCCGAUUCAGGCAGAUGGACUUUGAGUUUGCUGCCUGGCAGAUGCUCUAUCUUUUCACUUCCCCACAAAGAGUUUACAGAAACUUUCAUUACCGAAAACAAACAAAGGAUCAGUGGGCAAGAGAUGAUCCUGCCUUCUUGGUAUUGCUGAGUAUCUGGCUCUGUGUGUCCACUAUAGGAUUUGGAUUUGUCCUGGAUAUGGGAUUUUUUGAAACCAUAAAGCUUCUCCUUUGGGUUGUGUUUAUAGAUUGUGUAGGUGUUGGUCUUUUAAUAUCAACUCUGAUGUGGUUUAUCUCUAACAAAUACUUAGUGAAGCGACAGAGCAGGGACUAUGAUGUAGAAUGGGGAUAUGCCUUUGAUGUUCAUUUGAAUGCUUUCUAUCCACUACUAGUCAUUUUACAUUUUAUCCAGCUUUUUUUCAUUAACUAUGUUAUCAUGACAGAUACAUUUAUCGGCUACUUUGUUGGAAAUACCUUAUGGUUGAUUGCUGUUGGUUAUUAUAUCUAUGUAACAUUCCUAGGAUACAGUGCGCUGCCGUUUUUGAAAAAUACGGUAAUUCUUUUGUAUCCAUUUGCACCUCUCAUUCUACUCUACGGAUUGUCGUUAGCACUGGGAUGGAACUUCACUCACACACUGUGUUCUUUCUACAAGUAUAGAGUGAAAUAAAAAAAUGUGACUAUUAGCUGUCAGCAGUAUUGGUAAAGUGGUUGAGAUUUCUUGUAAAAAGUGUAAAUAAAUUUUAAUUGUAGAUAUCUUUAAAAUGUAAAGUUUUUGUGGAUUUUUGGAAAUAUUUACAAUUUCAUGUUGACUCCACUCAUAGUACAUUCUUUAAAACCAUGAAAUGUACAUUUGUGUAAUAAAUAUUUUUAAACCAAAGUAUAAGCCUUUUUAGUUUCGACUAAGUAGUAAUUUUAACUUAAUUAUUGGAAGCGUUUUGAUUUUUAUUUUUAAUAGUAAUCUCCAUACUUCAGAAUUUCAAGGAAUCUUGAUUUUAUUGGUGAUCUCUAUCACAGAGCACACAAUUCUGCCUUAAUAGGUACCAAGAGCAAAAUCUUUUAAUAACCUGGUGGCUUAACCCUUUGUUUUGAGCCCAUAAUGUAGCAAUCUAGACUAGCCCAUGACUCGCAGAAAUAUUACUUGUUUCCUUAAGGCCUUUUUAGUAUAAGGAAGGCAUGUUUAAGACUUGCCAGAACUUGUAGUCUGCUGGCCUGGCCUUCCAGAAUCCAGUUACCAACUUGCCAUGUGGCAUUAAAAUAGGCACAUAAAAUAUCAUUAUUCAGUAGAGGCUAAAUGUUAUUUCAUUAGGAAUUGGUGCUUUCAAAUGAAUGUAGCCAAGUUUAGUAACACUUAGCUGACCUCUUUGAAAGGGCACAUUUUGGCCUAUUAGCUCUGGCAGUUUGGGUGGCAUCUCAGAUCAUUCUUUUGUAUAGUAGGGAAAACAGCUGCCCUGGAUACUUUAAAAUGUUUAAAUUUUUAAAGUAUAUUAUAUAAAAAUUUGUUGUUAUAGCAAUAAUUUAUUUUUUUUUCCUGUCUAGUAAGGUGGUUAAUUCAUUUCAGCAAGGUAAUCAACUUUUUUAAAGUCAAGAAACCUUUUCCAAGUUCUGCAACUUGCCAUGUGACAUUGGGCAAGUUAUUUAACCUCUGUGCCUCAACUUCCUCUUCUUUAAAUUAAGAAGGUUAACUUCUUUGAGGAAUCAUGAAGAAUAGGAAACAUUCAUGGGAGUAAGGACAGGUAAAUGUCUUGAUUUUUCACAGGGGAGAUAAAAUAGAUUCUUAAAGUAUUUGGUAGUAAAACUCAGAUUUUUAAAAAAUGGUUGGCAAGCACAUUACAGAAGGAAGUAAUUAUCAUAAGGCAACAUUAUUUCACUAAGUAUAUAUCAUGCUAGCUUCUUUGCCAGUAUUACUAGACAGAUAAUAAAUACUGUUGUAAUAUCUGUAUUUUAGUAAAGGUUUUUGACAAAGUCUAGAUGGAGAGAUGUGAUACCUGAUAACUGUACACUGUUAGGACUUGGAAAAACUGACUUAAGAGUGGUCAAAUUGUAUGAAUCAGUGUCAGUUGGAUGGAGGUCUCUAGUGGGAUGUCAUAAGGAUUUAUGUGUUCAAUAUUUUUAUCAGUUUUCAAUAAAUAUCAAAUGUCUACUGUUUACAAGUAGGAAGGAUACUGAGGAAUGCAGAAGGAAUCAUAGAUUUAAGAGUUGGAAGGGACUUCAAGACUACUGAGUCUAACAGAUUCUUCAUUUUACAGAUGAGGAAAAUAGGCUCAGCAAAGUUAAGUGACUUGUCCUUGGUCAUAGAGUUAGAGUGGGAUUUGAAACCAGGUGUUCCAUGCUUUCAUAGUCUCUUAUUCUUAAAGGAGUACUGAAGUAUACAAAGGAUAGAUUCUAACAAAGUACUCUUGGAAAAUUUAAGGAGGAAAGAACAUUUGAUGGCAUAUGUAUCAAAUAUACAAAUAACACAAAGCUAGGUGGCACAGUGAAUUGUUGAAAGACAAAAUUGAGUUCCAAAAAUACUGCUUUUUUUCCCCCCUAAUAAAAAAGCUAUUAUCCAAAUUCAUAUUCUCUCCCAUCUCUUGCUUGGACUUGUUAUGUCUUAAUUAGUCUUCCUGCCACCAUUCUCUUUAAUUUAUCCUCUCAAGCUGCAAAAAUUUCCAAGGCACAGAAUUGAUGGUAUUUCCCUGCUUAAAAACUUUGUGGUACUUCAUAUCUGGAAUAGAACGUAGACUCCUUUGCUUGCCUUUUAAAGCCCAUCAGGAUCUUGCUUCAGUCUAGUUCUCCAUUUCUAUUUCACACUACUUGCCUUUCAAGUAAUUAUAUGUUCCAGCCAAAAGGGAUUGUUCUCAGUGUUCAGCAUUUAAUUUCCUAGCAAUGUAUAUUAGUAUAUGUUGUCCCUCCUACAUCUCAAGAUGUAGUUCAGGUACCCCCUCCAGAGGCCAGAUCCAUAUACCCCCACAUCUUACUUCUCUUGCAUAUGUCCAACAUACUUAGAACCUUUUGGCUGACUUCUCUUUUGACCUCAUUUCCUACUCCUAGGAUUAAUCUUUAAAGGGAAGGGAUGAAUUGUUUUUUAUUUGUAUCCCUAAUACUUAGCACCAUGCUUUGCAUAUAAUUACUAUUUGGUUGAUUUGAAUAUUCAGCACUUGAGUUUUUAAAAAUUAAUUCUAGGAUGAAGGUCAUGUACUAGACAGUGGCUCCUGUGAAAAAGAUGGGAAUGGGGGGAUUAGUGAAUUGCAAGCUCAGCAGGAGUUAACUGUUCUUUGGCAACCAAAAUACAAUCUUAGUCUCUUUUCUUAAAUAGAUAAAAACUGUCUGGAAUUUGGAGAGGAGAAAGAGAAGUGUAAAUGGGAUUAAUAACAUACCAAUUGGAUUUAUGGUUUCAUUGGUGUCUUCUAGUUCUAGGUGAUUCGUGUGGUCAGACCAUUUUUUGUGGAUAACUACUAGAUCUUUUAUGUGCUAUAGUGUAUAUUGGAAGGAGUUGUAUAUGAGAAUUUGAAUGAACCUAUGGUGUUUAACCUGGAAAAGAGAAAAUUCAGUGGGGUACAUAUUGGCCAUUUUCUUAGCAGGUCAAAAGGACCUGUCAUCUAGUAUAACCCUAACCAAAGUCUGAAUUCUAGAUACAUCUACCUCAAAAUUAACUAUUACUAUUAGCUAUAUAGUUAAUUAAUGAACCUUAUGAUUAUAUUAUCUGUUUUGGGUUCCAUGUCUCUAUUUACUUAGCUACCUAAAACCCUCCAGGUCAUUAUUUGAAAAAUUAUGUGGAGAAUUUAUAUGGAUUCUGCUUAUGGGCAGGACUGUUAACUUCUGACACUAAUGGUCAUCAUCAAAUUAUCUGGUUCAGUUUAGAAUGACCUGGAAAUUCAGAUAGAAUAUGAUUUCUGAAAUGGAAAAUAUGGAAUCUAUUAAAAUGUAAAUGGGCUUCAGAGAAAAUAGGACUAGAAGUCAUAGAGAACAUAAGUUCAUUUAUUUAUGGGCAGCUGGGUGUAGUGAUGGAGCGCUGGACUUAAGAGUCAGAAAAGUUUGUAUUCACAUCCUUCCUCAGAAUCCUAGUAGUUUUGUGACUGCGCAAAUCACUGAAACUCAAUUAAGCCUUCUUUAAUGACUUAUAAUGAGGAUGAGAUACAUUUAAAGCACUUUGGAAACUUUUAAAUUUAAGGAAGGCAUUACUUUACAAGUAAUAGUUUAUGUACAUCAAAAAUCUUCACUUUCUGGGUAAAUAAAUAUGUUUCAAAAACAGAAGCAGAAGGGCAAAGGGACUUUCAAGGUCAAUGCAGAAUAGUCUGUGAAAAUCUACUUUUAUGCAUGGAGGAUGGGAGACACUGCAGUUUUUUUGGGCAGGAGGGAAGAAUAGGAUUGUUCAAGUUGUACAGCAAACCUGCCAUCUCACUGAGUACCUGAAAGUCCAAAGACAAGUAAAUUGCAGAUUUGGGUGGACAGUGAGGGACCUAUUUAGCUGAUAUUAACAAAUUAAAUCUAAUCUGGUUUCUAAUCCCUACACAGUUGGGACAAAAACGUUUUUAAAAACAUUAAACUGAGGCUAAACUUUAGCUUUCUUAGGAUAUCAAAUCUGUUCAGUAAAGCACAUCACUGCUGCAAAUGGGGUAAAAAAAAAAAAGUUGACAUAUUUCCAUUUACAUUUUAGUAAAGGUUGAAAGGAUAUAGAUUUAAAUCUUUGUCUUUUCCAAUAUCCAUCUACUAGGAAGAAAAUCUUUUAGAACUAACUGGAGAAUUGUAUACUUGUUUCAUGAACAAAGUAGGGGGAGGGAGAUGUGUGAAUCUGUACUCUUUGAUAUGGAACUUGGGAAGGGAAAAAGCCUGUUGGAAGGUAGGGUUGUGGCAGUGGUGGCAGUAGCAAUGCUGAGAACAAGCAGAUUCCUAGGGCUUAUGAUAUUACCUGAGAAAUUUGAACUAGGAGGAAGCAUCUAUUUCCCUACACUGUACAAGGCUGAGUGAAAUCAAAAAACUUCAUGCUGAAGGAACACUAUUACAAAAUUAAGAAUUUCUUGCUUAUGGAAGGUUUCCUGUUUACUGUUUAUUCUUUGACACUAAAUAUGAUUAUCAUUAUUUUAGAAAAGAUUUAAUUGAUGAUAAAUGAAUCUUCAUCACCUCACUCCACCCAUCCACCCAACCCAAAGAACAUCCAGUUUUGUAACAAUUUACUAUAUGUAUGUUUCCUUUUAUGAUAUGAAUGGAAUCCAGAAAAGACAAAUAGAAAAAUAAUUGUGGUAAAUACUUGUAAGGUAUAAAGGAACCCUGCAGUUGCUUUGAUUAAAAAAAGGACCAUUCUGUAGUAUGAAUUUUUUUUUUUUAAAGCAAUAGUUCCAUUGUGGGAAUUCAAUGGGAAUGCAUUUCCCUAUAGAAACAAUACUAAAUAAGUUGGCAGGUUUUUGCAGACUUGCCUAAGUUUUUGUGGACCUGUUCUGUGACUGAAAUAUCAAACUAAAAUAAAACAUGACCAUUUCUAUAGGAAAAAUGUUUGUUUCCAGCUUGAGACUCCCACCUGGGCCUUAUGUACUAUUCCUAUGAAAAGAACAUUUGUAAUUUAGCUGUUUAUAUUUUGGGAAUUCUGUAUCGGUUUGUUUUUUAUUAUAAAUUUUGUGUUUCCACUUACAUGUAUAGUAGCUAUUAAACUAUUAACAAAAAUGCAAAACAUGUAUUCUGAAACAAAAAGGAUAUAAAUUAUUGUAAAUGUUUUUUUAAUUUAUUUUCUGAUUGUCUCACUACACAAGAUGCAUACGUACAUUAAUUUAGUUUAAGAGUAUACAUUUGUCCUCUUGUGAAUUCAGUUUUCUUAAAGGAAUGAACACAAAUGUUAAUCAGUUAUUAUUAUAUUGACAUUCAAUAUAAAAGGAUUUUUUGCAAAAAUUUACUCUUCACCAAAGUCUAAAGAUAGCAUGGUAGUAGGACAUAAUGAUUGAUAACCACAUUUGUUUUUAUAACUAACUGAAAAUUAAAAUAAUGCAAUAAAA